CGGCGCGGCCGUUGGGCGGCGCGUUGGAUUCAAACGGCGGCGGCGGGGCGGGAGCGCGGCCGGCAUGGAGGGGGAGCCCUCCCGCAUCCCCGUCUUCACCGCGCUCUACCGCACCGGCCCGCCCGCAGAAACACAGAUGUCUUUUCCUUCAAAGAAACAAUGCGUCAGCAAAACAGCAGAUCUAGAGUUCAACAAAGAUCCCAAUUUUAACUUUAGCUCAAACAUUCCAGCAGAUGGUGUCUUCAAAGCUACAAACCAAGGGUUGCCUAAAUCUGCCAAGAAAGUGGACCUGCCUUCAAAGAAGACAGCUACAAGAGGACCUCUCAACAGAUACAAACUAGAAGCAGAGCUGAGGACCAAGAAUCAGCUGUUAGAAACAGCCAAGCAGCAGCUGCACUCCAGACUAACAGGAGCACAGGGCACUAUAAAGGAGUUAAAGGAGGAGAAUGAAGGCCUGGUAAAAGAAGUCGAGAAGCUCAAGAAAUUCCAGGAGACUUGCAUGGUGAUUUUAGAAAGCAGAAACAUUGAUCCUGUUACAGGCAACAACAUUUUGGAGGAGGAAGAAAAGACACAGGAAUGCCAGAAGCAGAUGACGCUGUUAACUGAGAAACUCAUAGAAGAAUUGAGGCUAUUUAAUCAAACAGCUGCAAAAGAAAAGGAGAUGCUUCAGACAGCGAUGGCCAAGUGGAAGUCGGCAGAAGAGGAGAGACACCAGUCCCUGGAGAAGCAUUCCUCCUUCCAAGCAGAAAUUAAGGAAUGCUCAACAAUACUUGACGAGUUGGAGCUGCUCCUGGCUAUGUGAGGCACAAGGACGGACUCUACUGCCUUUUUCCCCUUUUUUUGAUGUUUUCCUCCUAGGUCAGAGGUCUCUACUUUGCAAACCUCGUUCUUACGUUUGGUUUAAACGAAGGAGCAGGUCGGCGAUGGCUGCCUACCCACCCGUCCUGCGCUCGGAGCUCCUCUUGCUCUUCCCGUGUCGGCCGGGGCCGUGCCUGGACUCCCCUGCUGCCUGCCUGCUCCGGUUUGUCGGUGCGGCAUAAGUAGUCCUGGUUUUAACCCAUUAAAUGUACUGGAAGGUC